AUGCCUCAGAACGAGUACAUCGAGCAGCACAUCAAGCAGCACGGCCGCAGGCUCGACUAUGAAGAGCGUAAGCGGAAGAGAGAGGCCCGUGAGGGCCACAAGGUCGCCGCCGAUGCCCAGAACCUCAAGGGCUGGAGAGCCAAGCAGUACAACAAGAAGCGUUAUGCUGAAAAGGUGGCCAUGAAGAAGAAGAUCAAGGCUCACCAGGAGUCCAAGGUCAAGGGUCCUUCGACGCCGAAGGCCGACGACGGCGAGGCGCUUCCUACUUAUUUGUUGGACCGUCAAACCGACAACCUGGCCAAGGCCAUCUCGUCUUCUAUCAAGCAGAAGCGUAUGGAGAAAGCCGACAAGUACUCGGUGCCGCUUCCCAAGGUAAAGGGUAUUUCUGAGGAGGAGAUGUUCAAGGUCAUCAAGACAGGUAAGUCGAAGCUGAAGCUGUGGAAGCGUAUGAUCACAAAACACACCUUUGUGGGUGAGGGUUUCACCAGAAGACCGGUCAAGAUGGAGCGUAUUAUUCGUCCUUCGGCCUUGAGACAAAAGAAGGCUAACGUGACGCAUCCAGAGCUCGGUGUCACCGUUUUCUUGCCCAUCUUGGGCGUCAAGAAGAACCCACAGUCGCCCAUGUACACUCAACUUGGUGUUCUCACAAAAGGUACCAUCAUCGAAGUGAACGUUUCUGAAUUGGGUUUGGUCACUGCCGGCGGCAAGGUCGUCUGGGGUAAAUACGCUCAGGUGACCAACGAGCCCGAUAGAGACGGCUGUGUGAACGCCGUGUUGUUGGUGUAA